AUGACAAAGGUUCUUGUGGAGAAUGGCGCAGAUGUCAAUGCUCAAGGAGGAGAUUUUGGCAGUGUACUGCAGGCAGCAACAAACAAGGGAAAUCUGGACAUAGUCAGAUUCCUCAUAGAGAGAGAUGCAAAUGUCAAUGCACAGGGCGGGUUUUUUGGGAAUGCACUCCAGGCACCAGCAAGGUAUGGGAAUUUGGAUAUUGUCAAGUAUCUUGUGGAGAAUGAUGCAGAUAUUAAUGCAGAGGGAGGGGCAUAUGGGAAUGCACUGCAGGCAGCAGCAUUUGGAACAAAUUUCAGUAUUGUCAAGUUCCUUGUAGAGAAAGGUGCAGAUGUCAAUGCUCAGGGAGGAGCUUAUAGGAAUGCACUCCAUGCUGCAGCCUUUGCAGGAAGUUUAGAUAUUGUGAAAUAUUUAGUUGAGCAUGGUGCUGAUGUCAAGGCUCAAGGGUUAUUUGGGACUGCAUUGCAAGCUGCAGAACAACAGAAAUGGUCCAGUAUUGCUGAUUUUCUAACAACAUAUGCAAAGAAUGCACCAUAA